UUUUCUUCAUUUACUUUGCCCCGAUAAAACAAAUACGUGUUUUUAGUUGAAUUUUCACAGAAAAUUAAAUAAAUUAAAAUGACUUUGUAUAAAUUUAGUGAACGUGCUUAUGCUAAAAUGAUAUUCCAUGCUGCCAAAUAUCCACACUUGGCUGUAAAUGGUAUUUUAUUGGCUAGCAAAACUGAAAGCGAAAUUAUCGAUGCCAUACCGCUGUUUCAUCAAUGUUUGUAUGUCACUCCCAUGGUGGAAAUAGCCCUUAUGCAGAUUGAUGCCUAUGCUGAACGUGAAAAUUUAGUGGUGGCUGGCUAUUAUUGUGCUGCCGAGAAUUUCUAUGAUAAUACCCUUGACAAGGCUCCUGCAGCCAAAAUUGCCGAUAAGAUACAGGAGAAUUAUAAAAAUGCCUGCUUUGUGCUUAUCGAUAAUAAAUUGCUGACAUUGGGUCAAGAGGUGCCGGCUAUUAAAGUUUUUGGUUGUGGCAGCGACUCGGGACGUUGGUCAAAGGCGGACUUUAAACUUGUACAGGCGGAGACAACUUUGCAGACCGUUUCAGCUUUAUUGAAAAGAGGAGCCAUGAAAGAUGUUGUCGACUUUGAUAAUCAUCUAGAUAAUCCAGAGAACGAUUGGACAAAUCAGUUUUUAAAUCGUGACUUGAAACAAAUCAUGGCCAUGUAUUGAGUAGAAAAUUUAUACAUACAUUUCUUUUAUUUUUAUUUUAAAACGUACAUUUUAGAUUUAAGGGUGCAAUUUAUAGUGUAAUAAAAAUAAAAUAAAGCCACAUUUAUAGAGUA